AUACCUUUGAAAACAAGAUGCGGGAAGAAGCUUCUUCGAGUGGGACACGAAAACCUUGAGCUUCACGCACAAAGCACGGCGUUGUUUCAGCGGAGCGAGAUGCAACAAUGGCAGCACAGAGAAGCAGAUGGCUGUUCCUGCCCCUUUCUUUAGUUCUAAUCAUCUACAUCCGCGACCUUCUGGGGCAGACGAGCGGCAAAGUCGUCGAAGCAAACAUUAGAGUGAAGGUCGAUGUCCCAGGUGUGCUAUCAUUCCUUGAGUCACAGUUAGACAGCUUCACUUCGCCCAUCGUUGAGAGCAAUGACGACCCGAUCGAAGGACGACUUCCCUCACCAGUACUGGCAUCUGAGCCGCUUACUUUCGACCCUCCCAGCCUCGAUUUCGAGGACCAGAGUGUGGGUAUGCCGCAGCUGUUCACAGUCAAAGUCAUAAACCCAAGCAGAACGCAGAAUCUCCACCUCAACUCAAUUUCAGGAGAGUCACACGUCUUCCAUCCAUCAUUCUUCAAGUCAAAGGUGGUGAAGGCAGGGGAGGACGAGUGGACUACGUUUGACGUCGUAUUUCUCCCGAGGGGUCCCGGUCUAGUCAGAGACACACUCUACAUCCACACUUCUCACGGCACCUUUGACUUCAAGGUGCAAGGUGUUGGUGUCCCUAACCCGUUCCGCAUGCGGCCGCUGCUGGGAGCCAAGAUACCACUCAACGCUACCUACUCUCCCCUCAUUACAAUGUACAAUCCUUUCGAGACAACUCUUCAGAUAACAGAGAUGUAUUCCAGUGGAGGUGACCUCCAUUUAGAACUGCUCUCCGGCCAACUGCAGGGCUCAAAAUCUCUCUGGGAGAUUCGACCGUACGAAACGAAGCCCAUUGCCAGGGCCAACUUCUUCGGACGAGAAGCCGUCAACCACACCUCCUUCAUUCGUGUCAAGACCAAUCUCGGGGACACGCCCUCCAUCGUUCUGCCCGUGGAGGUCGAAGUUUCCGAGACCAGCGGUCUCUAUCUCUCCAGAGAACUCCUCGAUUUUGGCAUCCUCAAAUCGGGCGAAACGAAAUCCCUUCCUCUAUUUGUACUGAACUCCAGCCCACACACCGUCCACAUCAAGUCAAUAUCAGUGGUGCCGGAGAGUCCGUCCGUUGAAGUCGAACCAACCGUGACUUUCCUGAAACCGGGCCUCAAAUACCUCAAGAUUGCUUCAGUCACUCUUUCUCCCAAGGCGGGGUCUCGGAAACAGCAGGAGUCCGGGCACUUGGAGAUACUGGCAGAAGAUGACCGCAGGAUGGAGUACAGGCUCCACGUCCCCUAUGACUCCACCAUUCUUCAUGGCACUCUGGCCUUUGAGAGGUCCCAGACUAUGUUCAGAGUCGGAAAGCCGCCGUUUGAGCCCCUGAUUCGAAACAUUUCUCUCGCCAAUCGGUUCAGCGUUCCACUGGUCCUCUAUGACAUCCGUCUGUCUUCAAAGGCACAAGAAUAUUUCACUGUUUUGGAUUUCCACGGACCGUUUACUCUACCGGCCACCUCCGACUGGCACCGACCGUUUGCCCUGCAGUUCCAGCCCACGUCCUCUGAAUGUCUGUUCAACACAACACUCAGACUUUCGACGAAUGCUUCUCUCUUCAACAUUCCCUUCUAUUGCUACGACGGGAGGGUCACGUAUAUGCUGAAUUCUACAGAGAAUCCGGGCAAUGAAGACGUCUUAGACUACGGAGUAUUGUCAGAAUCAGACUCCGUCUCCAAACACUUUUUUCUCAUCAACCCCAACCCAAUACGAAUAACUAUCGUUAGCUUCCUGGUCAGUGAUUCUAUUCCCUUCACGUCGGUCGAGCUACUCCAAAUAAAGCCCGCCAACAUGAGUGUGGAGGGAGCAGAAGACAGAAUCCAGAUCAUCGGGAAGAAACAGGGAGCAAAAGGACCUUUCUACGUGGAGCCAGACAUGGUGGCCUUGUUCCGUGUCAACAUCACGUCUCCCAAGAAACUGGGAACUUUUACCGGGGAACUGGAAAUUCACACUUCUUUUGAUAGGGUUUUGAGAGUGCCGGUGUACUACAAGACUGCAGUCGGUAGCGUGAAGAUAAUUCCGGAAAGAAACGUAUUUUCUCCUACCUUCCCUUACGGACAGCAGAAGUUGCCGCUGCGUGCCCGAAGCUACUACCCACAGAUACUGGACAUUCGAGAGGUCCAAUCUGACCCUCCCGACGAGAGAUUCUACUUCAUCACUGAGAGAACUCCUACCAUCCCUCACCUCAAGCCACAGGCACUCACUGAGUUGGGAGCGCUGGUAUUUGACCCACUCCACGGGGACGAGGAGUAUGUCUACCUCGGUACUGGGGGUUCCUGGUCAGCGCCCGACUACGCCAACCAACUCGACGCCAAGUCAGACAGAAAGACCUUCAGCAAGUUGUGGGAUACCUGGACCGCUCUGCUCGACGAGGGACUCACGCAAUUCAACUUCAGUUUCAUGAUGUACACCGAGAUAGAUACUUCCGUUCCUAUUCCGACGGAAGCUUCGCUGGUGUGGCCGUCGCUCGCUGCACGCAAAGAGAUCCGUUUUUCACAGACAACCAUUGGAAAUUCAUCAACGAAAACUCUAAAGUUGACAAAUCCCUCGCGUCACCCGGUGGUAGUUCAACCCAUCCUUCUUCACUACUACCCACAACCCCACAGAAUAACUCAACUGCUGUUCGAGACAGGUCUAAUCGAAAACCUGAACUUCUCUCUCUCCGAAUCUUCCUUUAGCCUCGACCCUGAUUCAUGGGGGUAUGACCGAUCAUUGAAGACCCAUACUCUUGCUCCGCACGUAGGGGGAAGAGGAGGAGGAGGAGGAGAUAAAAAAAAGGGAUAUUGAACUGAGAUUAAAGUUUCUAGCCCGCGAGAGUCUCCUCGCGAGUAGCCUGCUUCUUCUCCGGAACAACUUGACGGGACUCGAGUGCGUUCUUCUUCAGGGGAAGGGAUUGGAGGGAAAGUUCAGUAUUGACGGCAUCCAGCCGGACACAGGAACUCCUCUCGUUUUCCAGCUCUCCUCUUCCGACCUCGAAGCCUGUUCAGAAGGAACUAUGCUUUCUCAGCCACUCAAACUCACCACCACGCUCCGAAUGCACAACUCUGGACCAGGCACCAUGCGAAUCCGGCGUAUUGGACUGGGACACGGUGGAAUGUACGAUUGGAAUAUGUUCAGUGUCCCCGAGUUGCGGGACGACAUUGUGAUCCAUGCCAACAAGACCAAGAAACUGGAACUGUCGUACGUUUCUUCAUCCAUCCUUCGCCACCCUCUGGCCCUCUCUUUCUGAUGCCUUUUUUAACUUAUUUUUUUCUUGUAGACUGGGAUCACAAAAAAAUCAUGAUUUCAGCUGCACACGCCUGUUAUACCGUAGGUCCCCUUUCAGAGAACACCGUUAAUAUUGUAUGCAUCUCAAAAUUUGCUGCCAAUGUUUGUCUGAGACACCCUGUUGUUGUUACUUGUUGCUAUAUAUCUUCUUUCUCCCCAGAUUUACCCCCGACUUCACCGUAUCUCGUGUGGAAAGCACGCUGACGCUGCAGACAGCCGAUGGCGGCGCCACGCUAACCUUCCCCGUGGUUGUCCUCCUCCCGCACAGUCAUGCUGGCCGCCUGUUACAGCAUCCAGCCACACUCAGAGUGGGAAGAAAGACUCGCCUAUCUCAUCGUACCCACUUGGCUCACCAUACUGUUCUUUGUGGCUAUGUUUGCUCUCAUUCGGACAAACUUUGGGAUGAUAUCUCCCAAGACUGAUGCAGGAUUGCCGGCCAUGCAACCGACUGGCGGUGACUACUUUGAUUUCAAUGAUCUGAUGAAAGUGCUGCACAGCACACUUUCGGAAAAGUUGGACAGCAUCAAGAAAGGAGUUGAAUCGGCCCAGAAAGAGCAAGCUGCCCGGAAGCACCACGAGAGGCAAUACAAACAUCACAGAGAGCACCGCAGCAGUAGCACCUCCAGUUCUCACUCUCACCACAGUUCAUGGUCUCCUUCCCAUCAUCACCAAUCACCUUCCCAGGCACCUUCCUCCUCGUCUCCGUCAUCUCCCGUCGCUCACAGUGCGACCGCUCGAGAACACGAAGAAGGGUUGUCGUCCUCCUCGGCUGGGCUGAGAAGGCGCACAAACUCCCAACCAGCGAGCUCCUCGAGAGGGGAGACGGUUGGACGAGCGAGUGACGGUAGCGGAGGGAAUGUGAAAGAGACGAGGAAAUUGGAUUCGGGAGGAUCGACGGCGACGGUUUCGUCGCCGGGACCGACGAAGAAACAGGAGAGGAACCGACACAUGAGCGAACCGACAAAGAAAGCAACAGAGCAACCGUCCAGAUCAGCUUCGAGUAGUUCUCACACCCAACCUACAUCGCCAUCAUCAGCUUCCAAAGUCUCAUCCUCUACCACCACCACCACCACCACCAGUGAAAAGACCCAGACACAGCACAUGAACCUUUCAAAGUUAGAACUCGUCCAACCGGCCAUGACCACAGAUCAGGAGACAGGGAUGAGAAAGUUAGUGGAGCAAACAGCUUCGAAUGAAAUGCCCCCAAUUUCACCCCAACUUCAACAACAACAACACGAAUCGCCUAAAGUGAAAAAACCUUUGAAAAUUUCGGUAGCUACAUCUUCCGAGACGUCGGUUUCUCUUCCGUCUACCCCCACAGAGGGAGGGUCGAGUGGUUCAUCUUCUGCUUCAUCCUCUUCUACUCCCACUCCAGUCCCGCAGAGGAAAGGCAAGGGAGUGAGGAAGUCGGGAGGCGGCAAAUCCCAGAAAACAACUUCAGUUUUGGUGACGACCUCAAAACCGGUGUCGUCUCAGACAACACCGACACCUACCGAACCGGUAUCGGCUCCUGUGACUGUGGUCCCCCCGGGGGAGACCGUACAAGACCAGCUAGAGAGAAAAGAGUCCGACGGGAGCCUAGGAUCGACAGACAGUGAAUCAACAUCAUCGUCCAACUCGGACAAAUCAGAAAAAGACGAGACGAAUGUCGGCAAAACUGAUGUUGAACCGGACCCUCCGUUGGCCAAGGACCAAGGAACGGGACAGACAAUCCCUCUUCUACUUGCCCAGGAGGAGUUUUUGCUAUCCAAAUGUAAGCCGUCACCCGAUGAUGAGUCUCCAACUUCCCCCACAGAGGGUGGAAGCGGGAAUAGAGAAGACGGGGCAGAGAGGGACGGAGGAGAAGGCGAGGUACAGCAACGGGAGAAAGAAACCGAGAAGAAAGAGAAACUUCCGUUGCUUCCAACACCGCGGGCCGUUGGCCGGAGCAAGAAAAAGCUGAGACAGCAACAAAAGAAGGAGGAAAAGCUGCGCAGGAGAGAGCGGGAGAGAGAGAGGCAGAAGGACGUGGAAGAGAAGAAGAAAGAGAACGUGCACACACCCCCCGAAGUUCAAGAGAGGCCUCAUUCACUGGCUCACUCUCUGAGUCUUGAUGAUGGAGAAGGACCACAAGCUAUAGAGUCGCCGACUAAAAACAAGAAAACAGUUGCCACCUCACCAAAGAAAGCCAAGAGACUUGAAACCAAGACGGCGGCCACAAAAGCAGACAAGUCUCCCGGUCGUUCGAGAACAGCUCCUGCAAAGGUCACUAUACCUUCUCGUCCUCCCACUUCUCCCCCUUCUUCUGCCUCCUCCCCUUCGCCUCCCGCACACCCCACAACCAGAUCCCUAUCGAAAGAAGAUGCUGAAGACAGUGACGAGAGUCACGAAUCAGACCGACUCUCACACACGUGGGCCGGACACGAGCUGGAAGACAUGAAGGAUAGUCCCGAACCCUCCAGCCCACACAUCCAGUCAGAACCAGCCAAAUCGUACUCCCGAGAAAACUCUGAAGACGGCACCGAUCGUCAGUCAGACGGAGCUCACCUGUCGUCAUCUUCAUCCCAUCCAAUGGAGGCCAUCCCAAUAUCUGCACUGCGUGCCAUGAGAGCAAAGGGGGCCAAACAGACCAGAGCAGAAGAAGAGGGUGGUGGAGGAACGAUGCGUCCGCUGCCGACCGUCGUGAAGAAGUCGGGAAUGAGCAGAAAGGCUAAAGACGUCGAGAAGCUUCCACCACGGAUGGCGCGACUCACGGAAAAGACAGCUAUGAUGCCGCCUGCUGUACCCCCACAAACCGAGCUUAAACCAUCCCCGCAUAAAAAGAAAUCGAUCCCCAAAAUCAUUGCUGAUGAUGAUGUUUCCACCGAGGGCACCCCGGCUUUGGAACCCGCCAACAGCGAGCAGCUACUCCUGGGAAAAUUGAAGUCGUCUCACAUGCCUCCAACGUCUCCACACGAGAUUGCCACAACUCUGCUCAAGAAGCGCAAGGGAAAAGGUGAGGGCAGAGGCCGAGGAGGGAGCGGGAGGGGUGGAAAUAGUGAUCCACACAACGACCACGAGGGAAGUGACGAAGGAGAUGAAGGAAAGCUUCAGACGCUCGACGAAGAAGAAGAAGAGGAAGAAGAGGGAGAGAAUCUUUCGGGGAAGGUCCUCUGGGCGGGUGACAGCGAGACGUCGCCGCACAAACGCCAAAUGAGGCAUCUCCACUACAAGACUGCUCCCACAACACUCUCUCUCGACGCAGAGCCGUUCUACCCUUCCUCGGACUACCCCAGGGGUAAACACGCUCGGAGUCACCCCCACCCCCACGUCCAUACAGACACUCCUUAUGCACCACCUGGCAGCAGGAGACAGCUCAACUCCUCCCCGUCAGCGUUUACUUCACCCGAGGAAAUCCCCCGCAGUUUCGAGAGGAAUUAUCGCGUGAGAGAAAUACUGCCGCCUCAGCACCUCUCUCUGCAUGCGCAGCACCUGCGUCAUCACGGGAACACGCUCACCCCCUCCCCACCUCCCUCCUCGUUCCCUCUUCAUUCAGAACAUCCUCCGCCCUACUACCACGAAGGGAGGCACGGUGGCGGAAUUGAUUCGAGUGACUUCCCCCGUCAUUCCCGCGGACCCCCACCGGAUAUGUCCGCGUACGAAAUCUCUCCUGAGGAAUACUAUUCGCCCGCGCCAACUCCAACUCGACGCGUGUCUGAAGGGGUGCCUCAUGGCCAGCGUUCGAGUCGCAUGGUGCGAAGCAGUAUGCUAUAUGACGAACCGCUCUACCCGGGAUCUCUCCGUCCUCACUCUCAUCAUCACAACCACCCGCAGCACACUGCAGCCUACGAAGCCGCGGCGGCGGUUCACCAACACCGCAGAGAGCGCGCUCAGAUGAUGUCUCGCAGAUCCCCAAAUCCCCUCUGGGACCAACAUAGUCCCUACCCCUAUACACCCCAGGAAGAAGAAAUGGCUCAAAUCGUACGAAUGAGGCAACACAUAGGCUUGCGAAACUCAUCGCACGACAGUGUUCCGUAGAUGCUCUCUCUCCACUUGGGCACCAGCUUCCCCCACACCCCCGCCCAGCCCGGAGUACCCUCUACUCCGCUGAUACCCCAACCUCGAACCUGUGGGACCCUGCCUAUUUGGACUCCGGGGCCUACGCUCAUCAGGGCGACGACGCAUUCCUGAGCGACUUCCACCAACCGAGACAUCACCAACGGCAACCUCAGCCACAGGAACAUGCCGUGGGCGGAGUCCCGUUGCAGCAACUGCGACGACGUCGCUACAGCAGCGACAAUGAGCUGGGAGGAGAGCUGGUUCCAGAUCUUCUCCAAACACCGUCUUCUCCAAGCCACGUGUCUUCCUCAGGGCUAAACAAGGCUCCCGGGGCGGCCUUCUCGGGGAUGGUAGGGAGCCAGGAGAGUUACUGCUCGGGAGCAGGAGCUCUGGGCUGACAAUCUUGAGAAGAAACCAAUGGAGCCUUCCUCGGCACUCACCAGUAUCUGGUCGUCGUCGGAGCGGGCAUCGAAUCUCGUGUUCCAUACCAACGAACCGGUCACCACACCCGGCGAGCGACUCUCGGCCGUCGGUAGCGGCAGAAACCAGUCGUCGUUUCUGGAAAACACGUACGACCUGUUUCAAGACAAGAGUAUCUGGGGAGCAGCGAGUACAGAGACUCCCUCGGCCAACGUUCUCCCCUGGGCACAGCUCAAAUCCACAGAUCUGCCCCCGGAUUGAGAUCUGAAUUAUACUUUUGAUUCUCACAACGAAAGACGUGAUGGUAUAAUAUACACUUGCAGAAAAGAAUCUUUGGACUUCCUCGCAACGGAUUUUUGAUUUCGGUUUUCGGAAAAUGAUUUGGAGUUUCACGCACCCUCUCUAGUUGUUAUGUAGUCGGAUAGCAUCAUUAUCACCCAACGAUAUAAUGGCAAGAAAUUAGCAACACAACAACUGAACUACUAGCCCUGAACUAUUAGUUUAGUUCAUAGCAGUGGACAUGCACACACACAGACGUGGCUUGAUGCCACGGAACACAAGUGAUCACACGGUGUGAUAUCUCGGUGAUUCGAGUGACACACUACACUGCGUGAUUUGAAACUUGUGUGAUUUUGCGUGUGAUUUGUGAUGAAAUUGGCAAAAAAAGAACGGCU